GAGAAGGAGAGGAGAAAGAAGCGAGCUAUUGAAGAGAUGAUGGCCAGAGAGCUUGAGCAGACAGUGGGAAGAGGAAGUGGUAGUCACAAACGUCAGCGCGAGGAGAAGUCACACAAGCGUUACAGACACGAUGAUGAUCGUGGGGACUAUCGCUCGAGAGAGGACUACGGAGAAUACAGUAGAGCCUAUGAUUCCUGGGGGGAUAGAGAAUCUUCCUCUUAUGAUGAUAGGUUUGUGCCACCUUCCACAUGAAGCCCCCACCCCCUACUGAUGAGAUGAUAGCGUAUGAAGAAGAGAGACGGUCCCAGGUCGUAGAUUAUGGUCAUGGUAGAUCGUCUAGCAGACUCUAUGACAUGAAUGGAGAUUCUGAUACAGAAGAAAUGAGGUCAGCAGAUGCUAGAGAAAUGGAAAUGAAAAAGUUGGAAUCAUUGCAGCUGGCAGAGUUAGCAUUGAGUAAACUGGAAUUUUUAGAAGUCACCAAGAAAGGUCUCUCCAAAUUGCAGAUAUUGCUUAUUGAACUAGAGACAAGACAUCAAGAUUGGCAAGCUGGAGGUCUGACCACCAAUCAUUUCCUUGGGAAAUUACGGGAGGCCAACUGGCAACUAGAGCAGUACGAGGCUAGCGCGGCACCCACAGGAUGGGCGUGUUCUUGGGACAGAGAUUACAGGAGAUACUUCUACACCCACAAGUUGACCGGCAAGAACCAAUGGGAUUAUCCGGAUGCUGAUGACAUCAGAGUUGAAGAUGAAAAAGCGCAGGAUCCAAAGAAAAAGCUUGUUCGAGGCAAGGAAGUGGACUCAGAAAUUACCUCCACUAGUGACAAAGGCAAAGGGAGAAGUAUGGAGAAGGAUAUAUUAGCCAGUAUGGCGUUACCCCCUCCUCCCCCACCCCCAGCAGAGGAACAUCCCAGUGUGAAAAGUUUACAGCUGAUGUAUGGAAGCUCUAGCGAUAGCGAAACGGAAGAACCUUCAAGUAAAAAGGUAAAAAAGGAGGCAGAGCCGUCAGACUUGAACAGUGUACCCCUCCCACCUGAAGAACCACAUAAAGAGAAAGAGAAGAAGGAUAAACAUCAUAAGAAAAAGAAGAAGAAAGAAAAGUCUAAAAAGAAAGAAAAAGAUAAAUCAGAAGCAGGAGUUAUGGGCCCAGCAGGUCCUGUAGGUCCGUCCUACCCCCAAUUGGCUGCUCAGCCUCCCCCUCCACCCCCAGGAGAGGCACCAGGAAAUACCAUUGCUGAUCCUUAUGUAACUACCGGGGUAGAAUCGUACCCAACUACAGCUGUUUCAGAGCAGCAAACACCUAUGGAGGUUCCAGUUUACGGAACAAUGGAUGAUGACCAUGCUGGCCUAAAUGACCAACCACUUGAGUUUGGUGCUGUACAGGAGUCUUCGGGACCACACCCGUAUGCCGAGGGUACGGAGAUGGGAGAAUCAGGUGUUAUCUCACAUGGACCACAGAUGGCAACAGUUUCACAUCAACCAGAAACCUACAACACAUACUCUACUGAUCCUAGUGGCAGUGGAGAGCCAGUCAGUGAGGCUGUGAUGGGUGAAGGUUAUGCCGAGUCUUCCAUGGGGGCUGUACCAAACAUGGAGGAGAAAAAGAAGAAGAAAAAGGAAAAGAUGGGUGCUGGAAGUAUAUCUCUAAAGAAGAAACAUGUGUCAUCUAUGGUCCAGAAGUGGCAGAAGGUGAAGAAGGAGGUAGAGCUAGAGGAACAGCACAGACAGAUACGCGAGGCUGAAAUACGCAGAAAGCUUGCUGAACUUGAGUGAAUUGUGCACUGCAAGUUUUUCAGUGUUUGUUACAGUUGAGACACAUUAAAUGUUACUGUUAUGUAGGUGACAAU